AUGUGUGCAAGGCAUAUCUAUGGGAAUCUAAGGAAGUUUUACCCGAACAAGCCUCAGAUGAAAAAAUUGUUUUGGAGUGUGGUGGAAAGCCACAAUGAGGCCGACUAUAAAGCAAGUAUGAAGGAGUUAGAGGAGUAUGACAAGGAUGUCUAUGAAGCGUUCAUGGCCAGGAACCCAGAAACUUGUUGUAGGGCUUUUUUUACAACGACAUGUUGUUGUGAAGAUGCUCUUAACAACAACUCUGAGUCAUACAAUAAGACGCUUGAGAAAGCACGAGCGAUGCCUUUGGUUGAGAUGCUUGAGACAAUGAGACGACUUGCAAUGAAGCGCAUUAAUCUAAGGAAGAACAAGCUCACAAAACACAAGGGAAAGUUCAGUUUGAAGGUUAGUAAAAUGAUAGAAUCUGAGACAAGACAUAGGAAGUACUGUAAAUCGCUUCCUGGACCUACUGGUGAGUUUGAAGUUUCUGAGAAUUCUAUGCAAUAUGCGGUUGAUAUGAGGGCGAGGACAUGUAGCUGUAGGAGGUGGGAUUUAACAGGGAUUCCAUGUAGACAUGCUCUUCGUGUCGUUUUGGAUCAGAAGAAGACAUAUAAGACUGACAAUUUGGUUUCUCAUUGGUAUUUGACUUCUAAGUGGCAGCAACAAUACUCAGACUCGAUCAAACCGGUUAAGGGAAUCAAGUUUUGGAAACCGUCUGGUGAAUCAACAAUACAAGCUCCACCGAGAGAAAAAUCCAAAGGGCGUAAGAAGAAGGCUCAACAAAGAAUCAAAGGAGUUAAUGAGUCUCCUACUAAGGGGAAAAAGGUAACUCAACACGCUCGUAUUAUGCAUUGUUCUCGUUGUGGGUUUCCUGAGCAUAACUGCACUAAAUGCCCUAAUGUUGGAGUUGCGUGUAAGCCUCGACCACCUAAGAAGCAAAAAACCACGAGACCACAGGAGGAGAUUGCAUUAGAUGUCUGUGAAGGUCCUACUCAAACGCAGCCAAGUCACACUUGA